AUGGCCCUGUUCUCGGUUGCAUCGGCACUCGAAGCUGCCCUUUUCUCCCACGCGGUGAGUCCCUUGACUCCUAAAGCUCGGUGGGGGUUCCCUUGGCGACUUAUCACCACCGUGGCUUUCAAACCGGAUAUAUCGGCACAGGUUUCUGAUGCACUGCUGCUCUGUACCGGCGGCAUACACAAAACUGACAGAGAAUUCGAGUUCUCGCGCAUUGUCGAGAGAGAAUCGAUAGUCGACCUGUCUGGUAGACUUGCUUCGAAGGAACAUUCAACCCUAACACAGCCAUUCGAUAUGAGCAGUACCGGCCUGCAGCUUUACGACCUUGAACCCCGAGCAGUCGAGGUCGACGUGGAACGCAGCCUUCCCUCGGACGGAGCAACCCAAGCAAUGUCAUUUGGGCGAGGUAGGUCACUUCCACCUCUGCUACCGAACCGUGAGGAAUAUGUCGUCGACUUUGACGGCCCAGAUGACCCGGCUUUUGCCCAGAACUGGCCGAUGAGGACCAGACUCUACAUCAGUGCAAUCCUCGCCUUCACCUGCGUCAGUUCGACCUUCGACUCGGCCGUCUUCAGCCCGUCCAUGAGCCAGGUGGCCAAACACUUUGGCGUCGAUAUCGAAGUAGCUGCCCUGGCCAGCUCGCUCUACAUCGCCGGUUACGCGUGCGGCCCCCUGGUCUGGGCGCCUUUCUCCGAACGCCACGGUCGCCGCCUCCCUAUUGUCGUGGCCAUGCUGGGUUUCGGCAUUUUCAACACUGCCGUCGCCGUGUCGAAGGAUCUCCAGACCCUGAUGAUCUGUCGCUUCUUCGGCGGUGUCUUCGGCAGUAGCCCGCUCAUCAACGUUGCCGCCAUCUUCGCUGACAUGUACGACAACCGCACGCGUGGAGUUGCUAUCGCCCUCUUCGCCAACACCGUCUUCUUGGGGCCGUUGAUCGCACCGUGUGUUGGCGGAUUUAUUGACGAGUCGUAUCUCGGCUGGCGCUGGACCGCCUACAUACCCUCCUUCAUGGGAUACGGAGCUUUUGUCCUCAAUCUCCUCUUUCUUAAGGAGACCUAUGCACCCGUUAUUCUAGUAUCUAAGGCCUCCAAGCUGCGUCGCAUUACUGGCAAUUGGGGCAUUCAUGCCAAGCAGGAGCAGAUCGAAACCGACCUACAAGACCUAAUAAUCAACAACCUGGGCCGGCCCCUGCAGAUGCUCUUCAAAGAACCCCUGAUUAUGGCCGUGACGAUCUAUCUUAGCUUCAUUUACGGCCUACUAUACUGCUUUCUGUCCGCCUACACCAGCAUCUUCCAGGGCGUUUACGGCAUGUCGGCCGGUAUCGGCGGGCUCCCGCUGCUGGCCAUCAUCGUUGGUCUCCUUGUUGCAACACUCUACAUGCUCUACGUGAGCAAGGAAUACAAUGCCAAGCUACAGGCCAACAAUAACAUCCCCGUCCCCGAGUGGCGGUUGCCCCCUGUCGUCGUCGGCGGCGUGCUCUUCUCGGCAGGGCUCUUCUGGCUCGGCUGGACCGGGUUCACGCGCAGCAUUCACUGGAUCACGCCGACGCUCAGCGGCCUCUUCACGGGCGCCGGCCUGCUGAUUAUCUUCAUCCAGUUGUUCAAUUACCUGAUCGACACGUAUCUUGCCUACGCCGCCUCGGCAUUAGCAGCAAACACCUUCUGCCGUUCCCUGGUGGCAGCAGGGUUCCCGCUAUUCUCCCGGCAGAUGUUCGCCGGCAUGGGAAUCCAGUGGGCUGGUACCUUGUUAGGCUGUGUUGCUGCCGUCCUAAUCCCCAUCCCCGUGGUGUUCCUGCUCUAUGGGAGGUCUCUACGGAUGAAAAGCCGGUUUGCGCCGGUGCUGGACAAGGCACAAUGA